AGUAGCCAAACGGUGGUGAACUCAAACAUUUGAAACAAUGGACUCUCGUGUUGUUUUCGUAUCGUUGUUAUUUUUUGGCUGCAUCGCUAAUGUUCAACCGGCAUCAUCGUUACCGUGUAGGAAAAUCAGAGCAAUCGUGAACGGGCACAAUCAAAGAAGAUUACAACUCGCGCAGGGCAGGGUUGCCAAGCAACCAGCUGCUUCAGAAAUGAAAUACAUGAUCUGGGAUGAAGAAUUGGCAGCCAAAGCUUCUAAGUGGGCUUCUAGAAAUGUAUUUGAACACAAUCCUGACAGAACUAUUGGUUCCAAUAGAUUCACCACGGGGGAGAACAUAUAUUGGCAGGGUUCUACGGACAAAAGUCUCAAAUUUAACCCGGAAAGCGCAUUGAACGCGUGGUUUAACGAACACCAGGACUACACGUAUGGACCCCUCACCUCAGAACAGAUGCAAUCUAAGAAAAUGAUUGGGCAUUAUACACAGAUGGUCUGGUCCGAUUCCGUGUAUAUUGGCUGCGGAUUAUCUUCUGAACAGAAAGAUGGCUGGAUAAACUACUACUUCGUUUGUAAUUAUGGUCCAAGUGGAAACUACUUGGGAGAAACUCCUUACCGGUCUGGAACACCGAGCGGCCAUCUCACUUGCUCUAUAAAUGAUUGCAAGCAGCCUUUUGGUGAUAAAUGCUAAGAAAAAACUAACCGUAUUUGUAUGGUGUUAGAGAUAGAAUUACCACUUGAAGCAUUUAUUUAACCUACAUAAAACAUUUAUAUUCGCGAUACAUAAAUACAUUCUUACAAAUAUGUUACAAAGGAAUAUCUACAGGUACAAAUAAACACCAAAAAAUA